AUGUAAUUGAUCUCUUGCAUAGUAUAUAAUUAGAGAUUAUUAUCGAUCUAGUGUAAAUAAGUUGAGAAAUAGUCAAUUGAGGAUUUCGAUACAUAACAUGGAAAUGAAUUGAAUAGAUUUUAUAACAAUAUUUAAACGAAUAUUAGACAUUUACACCAUAUUUAUUAAAAGAAAGAAAUUUUAAAGGAUAUUGAAAGAGUAUAGAAGAUUAUAAUGGUUUAGGAGAAAUAACUACUUAUUUUAUAUUAUUGUUUUAAUUUUUUAAAAAGAAAACCUUAUGAUUAUUUCAUAAAUCUAUAUAUAAUUUAAUAUACUUUUCUUAAAGCUUAAAUGGGAAUUAAAUACAAUUUAUGGGGAUUGAAAAAAUUCUUGGUAUUAUAGGAAAGGAUGAUUAUUAAUGGCUAAGUCCUUAGACAAUGA